AUGGUGCUAACGGUGCUAACGGAGCUAACGGAGCUAACAGAGCUAACGGAGCUAACGGUGCUAACGGAUCCUGGUGUCGCCUUCGAUCUGGAGGCUCAACGCAGGAAGCUCCUCAUGAAGAAGGUCUCCACAUUGGAGCGAGUCGUGGACGUUUGUGGACCGGACCUGAACAAGGCUGUCUCCUCCAUCAGGCUGAUUUUAAAACUGUUAAAAGCCUGGACAGACCAGCUGACCCCCGAGGACUGUCAGAUCACCAUGGACUUCUUCCCUCACUCGGAUGAUGAGGACUCCCGCAGCAGUGUGUCCUGCUCGUCCCCGGACCCCCCGCAGAGGAAGCGGCGGCCCCGGGGCCGAGGCCCGGUCCCGGUGGUGAAGAGGAACCGGAGAGUGAAGGCCAACGACCGGGAGCGCAGCCGCAUGCACAACCUGAACGACGCGCUGGAGGCGCUGCGGGGGGUCCUGCCCAACAUGCCCGAGGACACCAAGCUCACCAAGAUCGAGACCCUCCGGUUCGCCCACAACUACAUCUGGGCCCUGUCGGAGACCGUCCGCAUCGCGGACCUGGGGCGGACCGGGGACAUGUCCCUGCUGCUGGACCCGGGGAGGACCGGGGACAUGUCUCUGCUGCUGGACCCGAGCCGGCUCAGCGGAGCCCCGAGCCCGGGCAGCAGCGAGUCCUCUGGCUCCUGGAGCUCCAGCGGCUCCUCGUCCUCCAGCGGCUCCUCGGCCUCCUCCUCCCCGCCUUACUGCGCCUCCAGCCCGGGCAGCCCCGGCCCGCAGGACCGCGGCUUCCUGCAGCCGGACCCGGUGUUCGGCUUCCGGAGCUUCGUGCCGGGCAUCUACUGA